UUUUUCGUGGACUUUGUACGGAGGAUGAAUUUUAUCCGAAUCGUCUUUUCUCUUUCAGUUGUAAAGAAGAAACUCGCUUUCCUCUCUCCGUUGGAGCGCCGCCGUUAACCGGAGAAGGUGUAGAAGGUUCUAUACAAUAACGGCACGGAAUUGCUCAGGUAAAGUAUUGACCGAAUUUUCCAAGGUUCCUUUGGUCGGUGAGAGAACCUAAAAAUGCCUUCUGGAGCCGCCGAUUGCCGGAGAAAGUGUGAACGGCUCUAUACAAUCACGGCACGGAAUUGCAGACGUUAAGUAUUAUAUGAGUUUUCCGCGGUGAAUUAGGUCGGUGCAACAUGCUAAAAUGCGUUCUGAGCCGCAGAUAGAACAGGCAUAGCCGAGAAUAUUGAUGUAAUCGUGUCGCGAGACUCAGGGAGAUGUUGCUCCGCCGUCAGUCUGACAAAUACUUCUACUGGUGACGUACAAACAGCAGUUAGUUUUUUUUUCUUGCUUUUACUUUUGUGUUUCGAUAUCUACUCUGUAUUUCUACUUAGUGCCUGAGAGUUCGUUUGGAGUGUAUUGGAGUUAUUCUUGAAAUAGGAGUAAUUCUGAAAUGGUGGGAGUAAUAAUGGCGAAUGUAAACUUGUGCAUCCCUAGUUGUGAAAGAAAUGGAUUUCCGGCACUGCAUUGUACCCAGAAUUCCCAUAACUUUUUCGGGUUUUCGUUCUUUCCUAGUUCAGUUUCUGGACCUGACUUAAAUUUUGGGGAUGCAAAGCAUAGAGUUUUAAGACAUAGGGUACAUAAAUGUGGAUCUAUUAAGGCUUCGUCAAAUGGAGAAUCUGAUAUUCGAUUGCCAAGUGAGAAUCUCCUCGAAAACGAUUUUCAAUUUAAGCCGUCAUUCGAUGAAUACGUGAGGGUCAUGGAGACUGUUAGAACUAGAAGGUACAAGAGGCAGUCGGACGAUCCUAAUAAACUAACGAUGAAGGAAAAUGCGAGUGUAAAGAGUGCUGAGAUCACUUCCAUUUCUAAAAUAGAUAAUGGAAAAAACAAAGUGACUGAUGUUCAAGGUAAUGUGGAUGUAAAGAACAUGUUUAAACGUGUUGAUCGAAAAGAUUUGUUCAAUAAUACAGAGAGAAUUACUCGUGAAAGAGAUUUGUCAGGAAAUAAAAUUGAUAGCAAAAGGAAAGGAAUUUCAAGAUCAAAUGAUGAGGUUAAGGGCAAGGUGACCCCUUUUGACUCACAGGUUAAUGAUAAACAACAUGAAGAGAAAAGGAACAUAAACAGGUCGAAUUACACUGAGCCAAAAGUACCAAGGUUGUACAAUGAGAAACGAAUUAAUUUUAAGGCUAAUACAUUGGAUAUCAAAAGAGAAAGCCACCGUGCAUCUAAUGGAAGUUCCAUGAGAAUAUCGGGAAAGAUUUGGGCCAAUGAUGACACUAAACCAGCUAAGGAUAUUCUUAAUGCUGUGAAAUAUAGUGUUCAGCUUGAAAGAAACUAUAUUUCAGGCGACAAGGUUGGUAGAAAAAAAACUGAGCAAUCCUACAGAGAGUCAUCCAAAAGUGGUAAGCGGUUUCUUGAAUUUACUGAAGAUAGUAGCUUGGAGGUAGAGCAUGCAGCCUUCAACAAUUUUGAUGCAUUAGACAUAAUGGAUAAACCAAGAGUUUCAAAGAUGGAAAUGGAAGAGAGAAUCCAGAUGCUUUGUAAGAGAUUGAAUGGUGCAGACAUUGAUAUGCCUGAGUGGAUGUUCUCUCAAAUGAUGAGGAGUGCAAAGAUUAGAUAUUCAGAUCACUCAAUAUUAAGGGUUAUUCAAGUGUUGGGUAAGCUAGGAAAUUGGAGGCGAGUGCUACAAGUCAUCGAAUGGCUUCAAAUGCGUGAACGGUUUAAGUCACAUAAGCUGAGAUUUAUAUACACCACUGCCCUUGAUGUACUUGGAAAAGCGAGGAGACCUGUGGAGGCACUCAAUUUAUUCCAUGCAAUGCAGCAACACUUUACCUCAUAUCCUGACUUAGUAGCAUAUCAUAGUAUUGCUGUCACUCUUGGACAAGCAGGAUAUAUGAAGGAACUCUUUGAUGUGAUUGAUAGCAUGCGGUCUCCUCCAAAGAAGAAGUUUAAAACAGGGGUACUUGAGAAGUGGGACCCACGGUUGGAACCUGAUAUAGUUAUCUAUAAUGCGGUUUUAAAUGCUUGUGUUAAACGAAAAAACUUGGAAGGAGCAUUCUGGGUCUUGCAGGAAUUGAAGAAACAAGGUCUACAGCCUUCCACCUCAACAUAUGGAUUGGUCAUGGAGGUGAUGCUUGAAUGUGGGAAGUACAACUUGGUUCAUGAGUUCUUCAGAAAAGUGCAGAAAUCUUCCAUUCCUAAUGCUUUGACAUAUAAAGUUCUUGUCAAUACACUUUGGAAAGAAGGAAAAACAGAUGAGGCUGUGCUGGCCAUUGAGAACAUGGAAAGACGAGGGAUAGUAGGGUCUGCAGCUCUUUAUUACGACUUUGCUCGUUGUCUUUGCAGUGCUGGUAGAUGCAAAGAAGCCCUGAUGCAGAUGGAGAAGAUAUGUAAAGUUGCUACUAAGCCUCUUGUAGUGACUUACACCGGUUUGAUUCAAGCUUGUUUGGACUCAAAAGACAUAAGAAGUGCAGUCUAUAUAUUCAACCACAUGAAGACCUUUUGCUCCCCCAAUCUUGUUACUUAUAAUAUGUUGUUGAAAGGUUACUUGGAACAUGGGAUGUUUGAAGAGGCUAGAGAGCUGUUUCAAAAUUUGUCAGAGCACGGACGAAACAUCAGCACUGUAUCUGACUAUAGGGAUCGAGUAUUACCAGAUAUCUAUAUGUUCAACACCAUGCUAGAUGCAUCUUUUGCAGAAAAAAGAUGGGAUGAUUUUGGCUAUUUCUAUGACCAGAUGCUUCUUUAUGGGUAUCACUUCAACCCGAAACGUCAUCUGCGGAUGAUAUUGGAGGCUGCUAGGGCUGGAAAGGAUGAGCUACUGGAAACAACAUGGAAGCACCUUGCUCAGGCUGACCGGACUCCGCCACCGCCGCUCCUCAAAGAAAGGUUUUGCAUGAAGCUGGCUAGAGGUGACUACUCUGAAGCUCUCUCUUGCAUUUCCAAUCACGAUAGUAGCGAUGUACAUCAUUUCUCUGAGUCGGGUUGGCUAAAUUUGCUGAAAGAGAAAAGAUUUCCUAAAGAUACUGUUAUUCAGUUAAUUAAUAAGGUUAGCAUGCUUCUUACUAGAAAUGACUUACCAAAUCCGGUGUUUAAGAAUCUGCUAUUGAGUUGUAAAGAAUUUUGUAGAACUAGAAUUAGUGUAGCUGACCAUAGACUUGAAGAAACUGUGUGUACAAAUGAAACCCAAUCUGCUGCCGUCGUGCGUAUUUAGCAUAAUUUUGAGAGGAAAUAAUUUUCUUUUGCUCAUUCUCUUGUCCUAAAGGAACUAGAAAAUGGAAAUCAGUAUUUGUACAACUUAUUCUUUAUUUAA